UAACAGAAAGACGCUAAGAGUUCCACACCUAGGCCGUCAACGUCACAGACAAGAACAACAUACUCUUGGUGCCACGUCUUUCCACUAAGUGCAAUCCUGUUGCUAUGAUUGACAGGAUGGAAGACUUGGUUGAUGCAUUUCAUAAAGUGCAUCUAGUCGCGGAAGCACUGGAGACAGAGGACGACGCCUUCAUAGACACGAUUCUUCAUGAACAACGCCCAUGCAAACGCGCCAGAAGAAGUGAAGAACAGCUCAAAUCUGAGCUUCAAACUGAAUUCCUUACCCCUUCAACGUCAUUCAGUACGCAGUGGCUCAACAAGCUCCAGCACAGGUGGGAAACUCCAGCCAACUAUACCAACCUCUUCGAGAUCGCACCAACGCAGACGAGAACAAUCACUCGGUUCACACGCGAAGGACUCGAAGGUCGUGUGACUGGCUAUAAGGAGAUCACAGUUCCUGCUGGCAGUGCCACUGCGAAGAACUCAACAUCACUGCUCAGGAAACCUGCCAACAGAGCAGAAUUUGUUCGUGGGGCAGCAGGUUUCUUUCCCUUCGCACCAGGCGGACUAGAUGACGUCGAAUCAAUACAAGCUAUAGAAGACGACGCAAUAUCUAAGCAACAAGCCGGAAAGACAAGGGUGCAAGCCGGUGGUCUAGAUCGUAUCAUUGAAUUUGGAGUUGAGGGCGGCCUUUUGGAGAUUCCUCCUGGCUUUUCGAGAGGCCUUAAGGUUGAACUAAGAAAGGAAGCAGAUGAUGCUACCGCGGCUGAAGUAGAGCAGACUUUAGAGGAGACGACGGAGGAGUAUGAUGCCGAUGAUGUCGUUUCAAAGAGACCGCACGGGUCUCGCGAUGCAAACAAAGAAAGCGGCUCCGAAGAUCACGAUAAAAGUGAAAGCGAAGACGACAUUGAUGCUCUAUUGCCCGUGGAGUUCCCAUCCCUUGCUCCCCACGGUCAGCUAGCAACAGCCUCGUCCAAGAGAGGAGGUCGACAGUGGGCUCAUAUGGUCGAUAUCAAUCGCGGCAUUGCCAACUUUCGAGACCUCGUCCCAGACAUGGCAAGAGAGUGGCCUUUCGAACUCGACACGUUCCAAAAGGAGGCCGUCUAUCAUUUGGAGAAUGGAGACUCCGUCUUUGUGGCUGCUCACACGUCUGCGGGCAAGACUGUGGUCGCUGAAUAUGCAAUUGCACUAGCAGCAAAGCACAUGACCAAAGCUAUCUAUACUUCGCCAAUCAAGGCGCUCAGUAACCAGAAAUUCCGAGACUUUCGCAACGAGUUCGAUGACGUCGGAAUCCUGACUGGUGAUGUGCAGAUCAGACCUGAAGCAAGCUGUCUGAUCAUGACGACUGAGAUCCUGCGAAGUAUGCUCUACCGUGGUGCAGAUCUUAUCCGUGACGUCGAAUUUGUGAUAUUUGACGAGGUCCAUUAUGUAAACGACCUCGAGCGUGGAGUCGUGUGGGAAGAGGUCAUCAUCAUGCUUCCCGAGCACGUUACUCUCAUUCUACUUUCCGCAACAGUGCCUAACACAUAUGAAUUUGCCUCGUGGGUAGGAAGAACGAAAAAGAAGGACAUAUACGUUAUUUCGACGUCAAAGCGGCCUGUGCCUUUGGAGCACUUCCUGUGGGCGAACAAGGCUAUGCAUAAGAUCGUUGAUGCCGAAAAAAGAUUUAUCGAGAAAGGCUGGAAGGAUGCGAACGAUGCACUAUCAGGCAAAGAUAAAAUCAAAGCCCCCCCUCCAGAACCUGAAGGCCCAAGAGGCGGUGGUAAUCAACGAGGUGGUCGUGGUGGACAACAAAGAGGUGGUGCUCAACGGGGUGGUUCACUAAGGGGUGGCCCUCAGCAACGUGGACGGGGUCAAGCACCUGCGCAGCGUGGUAGAGGAAACAUAGCUCGAACAGGGCGAGGCGGCGGGCGUACAACGGCUGCACAGGACCGCACGAUCUGGGUCCAUCUAGUCAAUCAUCUUCGGAACGAGCAGUUACUUCCAUGCUGUAUCUUUGUCUUCUCGAAGAAGCGAUGUGAAGAGAAUGCCGAUGCUCUCUCGAACCAGGACUAUUGCAAUGCCAAAGAAAAGAGCGCUGUACAUAUGAUUAUCGAGAAAUCUAUCGCUCGACUGAAACCGGAAGACCGGACUCUCCCACAAAUUCGACGGCUAAGAGAGCUUCUUGGGCGUGGCAUCGCUGUCCACCAUGGUGGUAUGCUACCUAUUGUUAAGGAGGUGGUUGAAAUCCUAUUUGCAAAGUCCCUCGUGAAAGUUUUGUUCGCAACAGAGACUUUCGCCAUGGGUCUCAAUCUGCCCACCAGGACUGUCGUCUUCUCUGGCUUUCGUAAACAUGAUGGUAGAGCGUUUAGAGACCUACUUCCUGGCGAAUACACCCAAAUGGCUGGGAGAGCUGGACGAAGAGGCCUUGACCCGGUUGGCUCAGUCAUUAUCGUUGCUCCUGGAGCAGAUGAAGCACCGCCAAUAGCCAGACUUCGGCAGAUGAUGCUAGGCGAUCCGACAAAGCUACGAUCGCAGUUUCGGUUGACAUACAACAUGAUUCUAAAUCUUCUCCGUGUCGAGGCUUUGAAGAUCGAGGAAAUGAUUAAGCGCAGUUUCAGUGAGAACGCUACACAAACCCUGUUACCAGAGCACGAGAAGAAAGUGAAGCUGUCCGAGGCUGACCUGGCCAAAAUCAAACGAGAGCCUUGCGAGAUUUGCGACAUUGAUCUCGAGCAGUGCCACCAAGCUUGUAUAAAUUGGAAACGGUUAACAAAUGAUCUCCUUCUUGCAGCAUUAGCAUCUCCUCUUGGAAGAAAGUGGUUCACUGCAAGGAGACUGAUAGUUUACAAAAAGGCUGGUGUACGGACCGCAGGCAUGCUAAUACGCGACGGGAUCAAUAAGGGUACCGGAGCUUUAUGCGUCCUGGAGAUAGCAUCCUCCCAAGGAGGAAAGCAUAUCAGUGAUGCAUUGCCAUACCUGGCAGACUUUGGCAAGUUUUUUGCUCCUCUGCCUCAUACCGUGGAAGAUAUGAGCCUAGAGCCUGUCUUUGUCGAUCUUGCGGACGUGGAAUGUGUGACUAGCACAGCCAUAAAAGUAGUCGCUCCGCUCAAAUCCCUCAACGAUCGUAAAGGCGCGCUUGAAGUCGCCAAAGACCAAUUCGUUCCUGUGUGCAAGUCUUGGGAUUUCUCUGACUGGAAUGAGCUAGACUGGACUAAAAUCAAGGAUCUGUCUUUUCAGAACAUCCUAGAAGCUCGUAAACAGGAGGCGGAAACCGCACAGCACCGAGCAUGCUUGCAGUGCCCGAAAUUUGUAGAACACUUUACCAUGCAACAUAACGAAUGGAUAAUCAAAGAGUCCAUAACGCAGCUCAAGCAACUGAUGUCGGAUCAGAAUCUACAAUUGCUUCCAGAUUAUGAACAGCGCCUCUCCGUCUUAAAGGACCUAGGCUUCAUUGACGACAAGUCGCGAGUCGAGCUAAAAGGGAAAGUUGCAUGUGAAAUCCAUUCUGCCGACGAAUUGGUAUUGACCGAACUUAUCCUCGAAAAUGUGUUGUCAGAAUAUGAGCCUGAGGAGAUUGUUGCGCUGCUUUCAGCAUUCGUCUUCCAAGAGAAAACGGACGCCACUCCGACUUUGACGUCCAGGCUGGAAGAGGGACAGGCAAAGAUUGUGGAGAUAUCGGAAAAGGUCAAUCAGAUUCAGACACUCCAUCAGGUCAUUCUAUCCUCUGACGAUUCGAACGACUUUGUUAGCAAGCCACGGUUUGGAAUGGUCGAAGUCGUCUACGAAUGGGCGCGCGGCAUGUCCUUCAACCGUAUCACGGAUUUGACAGACGUCAUGGAAGGGACUAUUGUUCGUGUCAUCACGAGGUUGGAUGAGACUUGUCGCGAGGUGAAGAAUGCGGCACGCAUCAUUGGCGAUCCAGAGCUGUUUACCAAGAUGCAGACAGCGCAGGAGAUGAUCAAGCGAGACGUAUGCGCAGUGGCAUCUUUAUACAUGUAGGCUGGCCUGACUGACGACAAGCGGCGCUUUACUUGCCGUUGUUGAUAGGGAGGCAAUACUGAGAGUGUCGUAUGACAUUCUGUUCUGUACGUACAUAGUACAUACAAAGCAAAGUGCGCCGGUGUCAGUCAGCGAUCGCAUCACAGCAGAGCGCGAACGCACGUCAUACGAUCGAUCCCGUUGUGCUUGACUGUUGAAGAAACACGUCGUCUGGAUGGUGAUACCGUGUGUCUUGUAGCCAGCCAGUGGAGUGGUGGAGCAAUUCACAGCGUUGUGCAUGUGUUCCACCGAAGAGAGUGUUGACAGCUCACACAGACUCUCAGCU